AUGAGAAUGAUUGAGAUGGAGAGUGUGUUGCAAUACUUUGAUAGGCUAAUGAAGGUUGUGAAUGAAAUCAGAAUCUUGGGCGAAAUCCUUCCAGAAGAGAGGUUGGUAGAAAAAGUUAUGGUAAGGGUGCUAGAAAAGUUCAAAUCCAAGAUUUCGCCUCUCAAAGAUUCAAGGGAUAUUAAAUCAAUGUCAAUAGCUGAUUUGAUAAGUGCUCUUGAAGCACAAGAACAAAGAAGGAAGAUGAGAGAUGAGAAUGGGCUAGAGAUUGCUUUACGAACGAAGGCUCAAAUUUUGGGAAAAGAAAAAGAUAAGGGAGAAGAAGAAUUGUUGUUCACUGCCAUGAUAGUGGCAACUAAGGAGCAAAAUGAUUCAUGGUUUAUUGAUAGUGGAUGCACUCAAAACAUGACUGGAAAGAAAGAGAUGUUCACUCAAUUGGAGGACAUGAAAGGAGUUGUGAGAUUGGGUAAUGGAGACAAAGUGCUAAUCAAAGGAAAAUGUACCAAUGUUGUCUCAACAUUAAAAGCUAUGAAAUUAAUUUUUGAUGUUCUUUUAGCGCCUAAUUUAAGUCAUAAUUUGAUGAGUACUGAUCAAAUGAUGCAAAAAGGAUUUGUGUUUGAAUUUGCAAACAAUGUGUGCAAAGUAAAAGACUCUAAUGAUGUAGAGUUUAUGAAUGUGCCCAUAAGAAAUAGAAGCUUUGUAAUGGAUUGGAGUGCUAUGGAUGUUGAUGCCCUUAGAAGUAAGGAGGAGAAAAUAUCGAUCUUACCAACCGUAGAGGUCAUAGAAAAAAACCCUCAAGAAAAUAUAGGCAUGGAUGAUGUGGAAGCAAGAUGA